UAAUUUUAUUGAUAUCAAUUAUAUACGAACUAGCUGACAUCUAAGUGGCAGAAAAAAGUACGACGAACGGAAUAUUUUGGCAGGGUAUACCAGUUAAAAUUUGACGCCAUCAUGGCAGACAACGGUGUGAUGAUGUUCGUGAUUUCGAUAUUCAGCAGUAUAUUAUUUAUCACGACGAAUGCACAAGUAGAUAGAAUGCAUUGCCGCAAUCCCUUGGGUAUGCAAGACAAAAGGAUACCAGAUGACCAUCUGGAAGCAUCGUCAUUUCAUGCGAGAGGGACAGGACCAAUUUUCGCGCGAUUGGAACGAGAAGAAGGCGACGGAGCGUGGUGUCCGAAGGGGGUGAUUGACAAAGAUGACAGAAGCCAGUAUCUGCAGGUCAAACUGCCUUCUCUCAGUUUUCUGUCUAUCGUCGCUACUCAAGGACGCGAUGCUGGCGGGGCAGGACAAGAAUACAUACCUAGUUACGCCCUGAAUUACUCAAGAGACGGUAUCACGUGGUUUCAGUGGAAAAAUUAUCGCGGUGUUUCGGUAUUGGAGGGUAAUCAGGACCCCAAAAAUGUCGUUCAUCGGAAGCUUAAUCCAGGAAUACCUUCAGUCAGAUAUCUUCGGUUGAUUCCAGUGACAACUCGCCCCAGAUCAGUCUGUGCUCGUAUAGAACUAUAUGGGUGUCCAAUGCCAUCUGGUGUUGUAAGUUAUUCCAUGCCCGUGCCUGGAGUACCGCUACAAGAUGGCGACGAAGUUUCCAAAACACUGAACGAAAAAUGGUCUUUUGGUGACGAAUAUUAUGAUGGUAUCAGAGAAACUGAAUCUUUCCAUAGUGGACUUGGACAACUCACGGAUGGAGUAAUUGGCUCGAAUAAAAUAAACGAAACAAAAUCAUCAGUUUCUUCACGCAAAAUCGGGUUUGAUUACGUCGGUUGGCGUAACAACAGGCGAGGCGAUCGUUAUAUCUCUCUUACGUUCAGUUUUGAAGAAGUCCGAAAUUUUACUGCCAUGAGAAUUCAUACACUGACAAGUGAAAACGUUGGGUCGAGGUUUUUCUCCAACGUGGCAGUAGCUUUCAGUCUCGACGGCAGAACAUACCCAAACACACCUUAUGCCAGUAAAGUUGCAUAUGACGUCCCAAAUCGUGAGGGCGAAAACACCAGGUUUAUUGAGGUCCCACUUGGACGUGCCAUGGCACGUUAUGUACGAGCCAAAUUCCGCAUUCGCGGAGACUGGAUGCUGAUCAGUGAAGUCGAAUUUGUUGCCGGUAAAGUUUCAAGUACUUUUGAGGCCGCAAAUAAGGAAGCUCUUGAUGGUGGUCAAAAUGGAAUUUCCACGGAACCAAGUGUCACGACUACUGAAAAUAAUAAUAUUAUUAUCAUUGUUUGCUCACUGGCUGGAAUAAUAGCACUUCUCAUUUUGAUUGUCGUUUUUUUGGUGUAUAGGCAACGAAGACUAAGAAAAACAAUGUCACCACCCAGAUACUCAUACUCGGCCGCAACGCCGGCUGUACCGGGACCAAACCCGAAUGUUACUCUAUGUUUAACUGGUCAAAGAGCGGCCUUCACAUCAACAACAGCCUGUGCUGUACCAAUGCAAGAAAAAUGCUCGGAUCCACUUUAUCACGAGAUUGCUGGAGGACGAGGCAUCAUGGCUCCCAAUGUGUACUUGGAACCAAAUGACGUGCUCAAACCAGGGCAGCGCAUGCCGGAGGUGACACAAUUGGCUCAUCAAUCUAUGGGUCGAGAUCGACGAUUUGAACAACCUGAUGUAACGAUGUGUGCUUCCGGAGUCAGAGACGGUGUAAUGACUAUUUCACACUACGCCGAAUCAAAUGUUAGAGCUCUUCCACCACCAUAUGCGACGCCGCUACAAGGAGCAUUUGGAAACAAUGUAUAUGCUGUUCCGUGGACUUCACAAUCGCCUGCCCCCACCAAAAGGACCAAGUAUCUGUCUCCACCUAAAUAUACAGCUACUCCAUCAGAAGCUUCUACACUUCUCGCUGACGACUCGCAGGACGAUAUAGCCUCCCAAAGUGUUAUGUCGCAACGAUGCGGAGAAAAUGGCGCGGUUGAGUUUCCAAGAGAACGUCUGGAAUUCGUCGAAAAAUUAGGCGAAGGACAGUUUGGCGAAGUCAGGUUGUGUAAGGCUGACGCAAGUCUCAGACGAUACGUUGAACAAGACGGAAUAUCAAUCGACGGUAAUUCAGAUGAGCCGGUUCUGGUUGCAGUUAAAGUUCUCAGAGAAGAUGCCACACCGAAUGCAAAGGAAGACUUUCUCAAAGAAGUUAAGGUGAUGGCGCGACUUCGUGAUCCAAAUAUAGUUCAACUUUUGGCAGUCUGCACGGAAGACGAACCGUUCGCCAUGAUCACAGGUUAUAUGGAAAACGGAGAUUUGAAUGAAUAUCUUAGAGGGUUUGACAUUGACGAAACCAGCUACAGAACUCAGGAACGAAGUUCCGUUGACCAGCCAACUUGCAGUUCACAGUUGCCUACGAUCAGCCGCACAAUUCUAAUGAGCAUGGCCGCCCAGAUUGCAGCUGGAAUGAAAUACCUGUCAUCUCUCAACUUUGUUCACCGCGAUCUUGCCACCCGUAACUGUCUUGUUGGGAACGAUCAUACAAUUCGAAUUGCUGAUUUUGGAAUGUCGCGAAACAUGUACCAAGGUGACUACUACAAAAUUCAAGGAAAAGCCGUUUUACCGAUCCGAUGGAUGUCAUGGGAAUGCGUCUUACUGGGCAAAUUCAGCACGGCAAGUGAUGUUUGGGCUUUCGGAGUAACAUUGUGGGAAUUAUUUACACUGUGCAAAUGCCAACCAUAUCAUUCUCUUGAUGACCAACAAAUCAUUGAAAAUAUGCAUCAUAUCUAUCAAAGAACGGGUGAAGAGGUUUAUCUUCCAAAGCCCAAAGCCUGCCCAACCUCCGUUUUCAAUAUGGUCAAACAAUGUUGGAAAAGAGAGUGCGAUGAACGACCUGCCUUCGACUCACUGUAUUCGUUUUUGAAGGAAAGAGUGUGAUCUGUUCCAAACUGGCAGAUGACCAUAUGAACUUAUGAAAAAUGGAGCAUUGAAAUUGCGACCAUUCUAGAGAUAGCAAACGAAAACUUUGUGAAUGAAGUGGACGCAGCACAAGUAUAAAUGUACGAAGCGUGUGGACGAAUUGCAAUAAGUCUAUGAAGCUAGAAAUGUGAAAGUGUCCACAAUACGUCGGAACUGAGAUAGACAUUGUGCGUUUGAACAAACAACGGUUACUGACUGGAAAUUUUAUGCUUCAUGGAAUCACGACUUUCGUUUUCAUUUAUGAUUUUUUUCCUUUCUUUUUUUUCAUUUAUGUUCGAAAGUCGUUUUAUGUUGUACAGCUACUUAUUCUACAUUCCAAUUUAUGAGAUAGCAUUUUUUCUUUCAUUAUACCUAUUCGUACGGCUUAUUAUCUGUCAUAUAUGGACUGAUAUAAAUGUUCUUUGAACGAUCUUUACGCCACGGAUCAUGCUGUUUAGAUCCACUGUUUUGGCUUAGCGAUGAGGCGUUAAGUCUCUUUUGAAACUGCCACUGAUGCAUGAUGAAGAUUUCGUCAUAUAUAUGAGUUACCCAGUAUACUCAUGAAAUGUAAGACUCAUGUAGAAGAUGUCAACCCUCGUUAAUAUUGUCUUCAAAUGGCGCUAGACUGUUUCAUUUUCUUUUCCACCAUUUGUGGAAUUUGAACAAAUCAUUUUCAGUGAACGUUUCUUUAUAUUUAUGUUUGAGCCUUUCCAUGUUUCUUUUUAUUUUGUUCUUCAUUUCAUCAUAUUUUAUUUUUCGCACAAAUACAAAUUUAGCACACAA